AUGGAACUGAAAACCUGCAACCUUGGCAUCUUUGACCUGGCUUUCACUGACUUCCUCUUCCUCUUCUUUGCACUCCCCUCCGCCCUCCUCUUCCUGGUGGAGGAUGUGUCCUGCCCUCCUAUCCUGCCCUUGAUGUACCUGGACAUCCUUUUCCAGCUCUCAGUGGUCUCCACCUACAGGGUGCUCUGGAUGAUGCAGAACACCUUUAUGUGGUACAAGCUCUGCUGGCUCUGCUGCUGCUGGAAGCCUUCUCUGCGCCUGGUGUGGCUGGUGCUUAGUUUCCAAUUCUGUGCCUUCUUCGCUCUGUUGGUUGUCAUUCCCACAGUGACAUUCCUGUGCCCAUCACAAGAGCAGCAGCACUGCCGGGCAGCUCUCAUCUCCAUGUACACCCUCAUCCUUCUCCUCGUCGUUGCACCCAUGUUCAUUUCCAGCACAGUCAGCUUCAUUAACGCCAGGCAGAGCUCCCAGCAGCAGCAACCCGAGAGGUACGCCAUCAUUAUCUUCCUCAUUGUGCUCCUCAAUCUCCUCCUCAAUCUGUGUGAUUUCCUGCAGCAGCUCGGUUACAGCACUGUGUCCUCACAAGUUGUUUUCCUGCUCACUUGCAUCCACAGCAGCAUCAAACCCUUCAUCUAUUUCUUGGUGGGGAGGUGCUGGAGGCCCUGCUCCAUGGAGCCCCUCCAGCUCUCCCUUCAGAGGGUCUUUGAGGAGGCAGAACAGGGUCUUUGA